AUGAAAAUAUGCUUAAUUUAUACAUUAACAUCAUUUAUUUAUUCAAUUAAAAUUGUGCCAUUAGUUCCACGUACAUAUUUGAUGGAUGAAUUUGAUUUGUCAUCUGACUACAAAGUUGAUUCUGAUUUUUUCCUUAAAUACUACGGUUGUUGUAUAACACAAAAAUUAAUUCUAAACAAAUUUUAUUGUUUGAUAUCUAGAACUUGUGGGUUUUUUUAUUUAGAUUUUAGUAAAACUCAAAAAAUAGUAACCAAGAAACUUUUUCUGUCAAAAAAAGAUUUAAAAAAUAAUAAUAAACAAGUUAAUCUGCCUUUUUAUGAGGUGUUACUUGGUCAAAAUAAUAUUUUACGAAUUGUGCUUCCUGUAAUAAAUACAAUAAAUACAUCUGAAUCUACGUCGGAAGUUUCAUUUUGUAAAACCAAUUGUUGCUCUAAUAAUUGUAUACAAUUAUCAUUUAUUGAAUAUAUCAUUUUGAACAAAGAGAAUAUAAUUAAAUGCUCCAAAAAAAUUAUUAAAGAUCUUAUAAAAGGUCACGAUUCUUGUAUACGUUUUUUAUUAGAUAAAAAAGAUUAUAUUUUAACUUUUUUUAGUAGAGAUUUUGCAUUGAUUUUAAAGUUUUUUGAAGAUUUUGUAAAGAUCCUCGCUGUAGAAGACACCAUUUUACCUGUUAAACUUUGUAUUUUCUUCGAUAGUUUUUUAAAAAAUAAUAUGAAUAAUUUUUGGACAAAUUUGCUCAUUGAUUCAAAGUUGGAGUUUGAUUAUUUUAAGAAAAAUAGUUUGUAUGAUUGUUUUUUUUCUGACAUUUAUAAUUUAAUUAAUUUAAUAGAAAACUUUCAGUAUAAGUUUACUUUUUUUGAAAAAAACAGGAGCAAAAUUCUACUAAAUGGUAAAUCAAUUAUUUUAAUAGAGCUUGAAUUGCAAGAAAAAUUUAAUGAAUCAACUUGUAAUUUUGAGGUAUGUGAUGAUUCAUAUAAAAAAUUAUAUGUAGAUUACAUGACAAAUUUUAACAAAACAACUAUUUAUUUCAUGCUUAAUAAUUUUUCAGUUCAAAUUUUUAAUAUUAACAGAAUACACUGCGCCAUUUUCAUGCCGGAUAAGAUAUACAUGGCAAAUAAUAUUGAAAUUUCUCAUUUACUACAAUAA